UUGUGAACACUAGACGUCGUGUGGUGUAGUCACGAUACCCCGUGAUGCAACACGAUGCAACCACACGCCGCCAUAGGCCACAACCCCCGUCAAGCCAUCACGCCGAGAUCAACCUUACAGCGCCCUAACAGAUCUACUCUACACUACGUGGUAAAUACACGGUCCCCUGAUAUACCGCCAAUACCACCAAUACCGCCAAGUACCACGCACUUUCCGUGCCGCCGGCCUUAUUAUUCCCAUCCCUUCCGCCGGUGUGACGACGAUCGGGGAGGGAGAGCGGCACUUCACACUCCACCAGAGUACCUGCAUCAUGACAACGGCGCGGGACAACGCUGCACUCGCCCAGCCUGCGAGUUAAUCUACAACCCGCCCACCACCACCGCCACCAUGUCCACCACCACGCAGCACCCCGUCCCUCUCCCCACACCCCGCGCUCUCCUUACCGCCCUCCUCUCCCUCCCCCCAUCCACCACGCGUCCCCCAUCCCCCAACCCCACACCCAACCCCCUCCUCCACGCUCCCGCCCCCAUCCGCACCCUCCUCACAACCCUCCACAUCCUCCUCCCCACCCUCCUCCUCCCCGCGCUCGACCUCCUCGACCGCGCCCUCCUAACCCGCAUCACCACCCCCCCGCACCUUCCAGAACCGUCCACCACCUCCGCAACAGGGUCUAGCACCGAAGCACCGGGGUUGAAGCCUGCAGCCGCGCCAAGCGGGUCCCAGAGGAAUACGGUCUACCUCGUGCGCUCUUCGCAGGCGACGCGCGCGCGCGGUGCGGUGGGGGAGAAGGUGUACAUCGUUCGGCUGGGGGCGUGGAAUUGCAGUUGUGCUGCGUUUGCGUUUUCUGCGUUUCCUGGGGCGGCGAGUUCACUUGUUUUUGGCGCGGAGGAGGAGGAGGAGGAGGGGGACGUGGAAAUGGAAGACGUGGAGGCGGGAGGAGGGGAGUGGCGGUUUGGCGGGGUGAGUAGGGAUGGGUUUGGCGGGGGAGUGCCGUGCUGUAAGCAUAUCCUGGCGUGUGUGUUGGCGGAGAGGAUGGAGGGGUGGGUUGGGGGGGUGAAGGAGAGGGAGGUGGGGAGGGAGGAGAUGGCGGGGUUGGGUUGUGAAGGGUAGGGGCGUGGGACGGGGGAUUGGUAUGGAUGAGAGUUUCUUGGGAGACGGAGGAUAUGGAAUUGACAUGUGCUGGAGUUUAUUGGAGCGGGUUCGGGAUGCUACCUUUGCUGGGUUGGUAGAACAGAGUUUGGGAGAAUUGGGUCAUGGUACGGUUUUCUCUUUGUCAGAUAUGGCCGAAAUCACACCUUAGCCUCAUCAGAUGAGGCUCGAUGAACAAUAAAAAGCAAAAUUUUCACAUGCAAAGACGCAC